UUGCGGCUCCUUUGUUGGAGGCCCAACUUCCAAUCCAACCGCGAGCAGUUUCUGAGGCUGCCGGUUCUGGGGUGGAGGCAAUUGCUGGGUCCGGGAGCAGCACGCUCCCUCUCCUUUAUGUCGCACGAGUCCAGGGGUCUCCCCUGCACUUGGGCCCCCGUCCAUUCGCAGCCGGAGUCGGGUGUCCUGGGUAACUUGAGGACACGGGGCUGGGCAGGGGCCGAGAGCCCGCCGCCUCGCUCCCUCCUCCCCCUUCUUGCUGCUUGGCCCCACCCCGCCUGGCCGAGCCACUCGGCGCCGGAAGCGAGGGGCCUCCGGGGCCUACGUGUGGCACCCUGCUCCGCUUGCGCCCACGCCUUCUGUUCCAAUUGCUUUCCCAACCGAGCGGCAAAGCCGGGGGCGUGUUGCCGGGGCCCUGGGAAGCGGGGCGCAUGAGCACUGUGCCUGGAGUCCGUCGCUGCGCCUUCCCGCCCACGGGGCGUCCGGUCACGGUCCCUGAAGCCCCAGCCUGCCAGACCGGAACCCAUACUGACGUCAAGGGUAAAGGCGACCAGAGGCAUCUGAGUGGCACAACCAGGACCCCUGCCCCUAGUGGGGCUUUCGGUGUGCAACCGAAAGUGGAUUCUGAGCAGGGAACUUCCUUCCCCCGCCCCUUGCUUACAGUUCUGCAACUGUCAAUAAACAGUUACACCCUACCGUAUGCUAAGCAUCAGGAGUUACAGGGCUUGAGGUCAGCUCUGGAAGACUUGAAAGUGAGGUUGUUGGGGGUAGGUGUCUGAUUGAGUGUGUGUGCGUGUGCGUGUGUAGAAACUAACCCAGAACCUAGUGCAGUGCCUCUCAACCAGUAAGCCCUAAUAAACCUUCGCGGAAUGAAUGAGAAGGUAGGUGGAUGAGGGAGCCGGGCUAGAGAGGGCAGCUCUACUCAUCCCAACCCUGCCUCCCCUGAGCGCAAGCCGACAAAAAUAAUUAGGUGAAGCCUUUAAUCACAGCUGGUUUCACGGGCAGGAGGACAGGGAAGAGCCGGGAAAGACAGCAAUCCUGGGGACACACGGUGCUGGCCUGGCUCAUGGACACUGCCUCCCUCUCGGACGCCCUCCAGGCCCCCACAGCUUGGGCGUCAGUAAUCUCCUGUUUUCUUGUCUCCCUCAGGACACCGGGUUCCCUAGGAGCCGCCCCAGGCUUAAUGAUUGUCCAGAAGGUGCCUAUAAAGGGAGCCUGGGAGGCUGGGUGGAGGAGGGAGCAGAAAAAGCCCAACUCAGCAGAUCUGAGCACUUGAGAGCCUCAAUCAGGAGCCGUGGUCAGAGGCUCUGUGUCCCGGCCAGUAGGGCCUGCUCUUUCCCACCAUGGCGGCCCGAGGCUACGGCUAUUACCGCACUGUGAUCUUCUCGGCCAUGUUUGGAGGCUACAGCCUGUACUACUUCAACCGCAAGACCUUCUCUUUUGUCAUGCCGUCGCUGGUGGAGGAGGUCCCUCUGGACAAGGAUGACUUGGGGCUCAUCACCAGCAGCCAGUCGGCAGCCUACGCCAUCAGCAAGUUUGUGAGCGGGGUGCUGUCUGACCAGAUGAGUGCUCGUUGGCUCUUUUCUUCCGGGCUUCUCCUGGUUGGCCUGGUCAACGUAGUCUUUUCCUGGAGCUCCGCAGUACCCGUCUUUGCUGCUCUCUGGUUCCUCAAUGGCCUGGCACAGGGGCUGGGCUGGCCCCCAUGUGGCAAGGUCCUGCGGAAGUGGUUUGAGCCAUCUCAAUUUGGCACUUGGUGGGCCGUCCUAUCAACAAGCAUGAACCUGGCUGGAGGGCUGGGCCCCAUCCUGGCAACCAUCCUCGCCCAGAGCUAUAGCUGGCGCAGCACGCUGGCCCUGUCUGGGGCACUGUGUGUGGUUGUCUCCUUCCUCUGUCUCCUGCUCAUCCACAAUGAACCUGCUGAUGUUGGACUCCGCAACCUGGACCCCACCCCCUCCAAGGGCAAGAAGGGCUCCCUGAAGGAGGAGAGUACCUUACAGCAGCUGCUGCUGACCCCCUACCUGUGGGUGCUCUCCACUGGCUACCUUGUGGUGUUUGGAGUAAAGACGUGCUGUACUGACUGGGGCCAGUUCUUCCUUAUCCAGGAGAGAGGACAGUCAGCCCUCGUGGGCAGCUCCUACAUGAGUGCCCUGGAGGUUGGGGGCCUUGUAGGCAGCAUCGCAGCUGGCUACCUGUCAGACCGGGCCAUGGCCAAGGCGCGGCUGUCCAUGUACGGGAGCCCCCGCCAUGGCUUGCUGCUGUUCAUGAUGGCUGGCAUGACAGCGUCCAUGUACCUCUUCCGGGUAACUGUGACCAGUGACUCCCCCAAGCUCUGGAUCCUGGUGUUGGGAGCUGUGUUUGGUUUCUCCUCUUAUGGUCCCAUUGCCUUGUUCGGAGUUAUAGCCAAUGAGAGUGCCCCUCCCAACUUGUGUGGCACCUCCCAUGCCAUUGUAGGACUCAUGGCCAAUGUGGGCGGCUUUCUGGCUGGGUUGCCCUUCAGCACCAUUGCGAAGCAUUACAGCUGGAGCACAGCGUUCUGGGUGGCUGAAGUGAUCUGUGCAGCCAGCACAGGUGCCUUCUUCCUUCUACGAAACAUCCGCACCAAGAUGGGCCGAGUGCCCAAGAAGGCUGAGUGAAGACAGUGCAGGCUCUGGAGCAUCCUGUCCCACUUGUGGCCUCUCCCCUCCAUGGGGGUGGGGGAAGGGAGGCAGGGGACUAUCUGACUAGCACCUUUGACUUUCCCUUUCUGCUCCUUUUCCCUCACCCAAGUGGCGCUGGAAGUUAUCAGUGGCUAAUGAGGCACCAGCUUCCCAUCUGAUCUCUAUUUAAAAGACAACCUUUGUUCUUGGACUCCGUUAGCUCCUAUUUCCUGGCUUCAAAGAGGAAACCCCUGCACUCAGGGAGUCUCCUGUAUCCUUCUCCCUCUCUUGGGCCCUGCCCUGUCCCCAUCCCACCCCAUCCUCACCUGAGGUGAGGCUCCUCCUGCAGCAGCAGGGCAGCAAUGGCCCAGGACUUCUGCCCUGAGGCCUCUCAGCAGGGGGCAGCUGCUCCUGCCAAUACCUUGGACUCCAGGGGAAGAGGGUCACUCUCACCAAUACCCAGGGUACAGUAGGGGGGUAUGGAUGGGAGAGUAGAAAGACUUGUUAUAGAAAAUUAAAACUAGAUUUGAUACUAAA